AUGGAAAACAACAGACCAGAGAAAAUGGCACUGAAAACAGCAGCAUGUUCACCAGCAGACACAGGAAUAUUAUAUUUCUGCAAGAAAUCUGACGUGGAAGAACCGGGAAGUCACCGAAAUAUCUCAGUCCCAGCGGAUCACGUCGAGAGCACGAGCGGCCGGGUGUUUGUCCUCGCGGGGAGCGCUCUAGAUCCACACAUGCUCAUGCACUCGUACAAAUCUAGGGCAAAGGUCCGCAGCCCGAUUCAGACCGGAGAUAUUCAGAAGCUGUGGAGGCCCCUGACGUCUAUGAAGAUCCAGCAGGAGUCUGGAAACGUCCAGCAGGGGGAGUUUUGGCCCUCGGCCCCUUCCUCCGGGGCCUGCGAUCCCGUCCCUGCUGAUUUCCACCAGAACACCUUUGUGGGUAAAGGGAACCUGCCCGAACCUGUAGUAACAGAAGCGGUGGUAUCUUCUCAGGAGAAGUCACGCAGAACCGCACCGAACGGCCCGGGGUCAGAGGUCACGGCUUCUCGAGCGGUCAGCGUGAUCCGGCACACGUCAGACGCAGAGACGUGUCUCCCGUCGGCCCCUGCUCCGGCGAGCUCGGGGCCCGUGCUGCUCGUGGCCAGGGCUUCGGUCGUGGUGAUUCUGCCCCUGAAGCAGGCGGCGGCGGCGUCCGGUUUGAGGUUCACGGCCAUCGCUCCGGCUCCCGGCAGCGUCCCGACCGCAAACAGAGCCGCUCCGCCUCGGCCCCGCGAGCACGUCUGCUCUCAUCCUGACUGCGGCAAAACAUACUUCAAGAGCUCCCACCUCAAAGCGCACCUGAGAACACACACAGGUGAGAAGCCGUUCAGGUGCUGCUGGGACGGCUGCUCGCGGCGCUUCGCCAGGUCUGAUGAACUGUCUCGCCAUCGGCGCACGCACACGGGAGAGAAGCGCUUCUCCUGCCCCGCUUGUCAAAGCCGCUUCGUGCGCAGCGACCAUCUGGCCAAACACGCCCGCCGCCAUCUAUCUGCUCGGAGGACGCCGGCGUGGAAGAAGGAGGUCUACCGUCUGAACGGCAUCAGCGGCGUCUGUCACCUGCAGCCUCUGGCUCCGAAAAGCAAGAGCUGACAGACUCCUUCGCGCCUCCUAUAUAUAUAUAGAUAUAUAUAACAUUUGGAAGCAGUUUUUAAAGCAGCACUAUUUCACUGCGCUCUUCCCACGAAUGAACAUUUAACCCGAACUACUUUAAGUUCAUGUCUAUGGCGAUUCAAGCAGGUAUGUGUACUCCAGUAAGCCAAAUAUGAGCACUUAUUACUUAUUAGCACUUAUUAGUGACCUGAUUCGAAAUAAGAUAAAAACCGGUUGGAAAGAUGAAUUGAUGACGCACUCAUAUCUCGUUACAUACAGAUGCAUGCCGCUUUAAAAAGCGUCUUUUCUGCUCACCAAGGCUGCAUUUAUUUAAUUAAAAAAUACAGUAAAAUCAGUAAUAUUAUUUUACUUUUAAAUAGCCGUUUUUCUGUGUGAAUGUACUUUCACUUGCAAUUUAUUUCUUCGAAGCGCGGCUGGAUUUUCAGCACCAUCGCGCCAGUCUUCGGUCACAUCCUUCUAAGAUGCUCAAGAAACAGAACAUUGAUGAUUACGUUAUUGCAUUCGGAUUACGAUGAAAACCGAUGCAUUAUUUUUUUCGGGAUUCGCAGAUUGCCAGGAAGUUCAAACGGACAGCAUUUAUUUGAAAAUAAAUAUUUCAGGAUCACGUGACACCACAAGGCUGGAGUAAUGAAUAAAUCACAUUUUAUGACAUCUUCAUCUAGAAAACUCGAUAUUGCACGACAUCACUUCCCAGCGUUUCCUGUUGUCUUGGUAAAUGGUGAAAUUAACCAAUUUAUUACAUUUUUUGGUAGCAUCUAAAUGCACUGACAUCGGAAUGACUUAAAUAAAACAAAAAACAUUUUUAAAACAUCACUUUUUUUCAUUACCCUGAAAUAAAACACGGG